AUGGAGGCCCUCCGCCUUAUCGUUCUGCUUCAUGGCUAUGCCUAUCCUGCGUGGCUCACGGUGGGGAUCUCCGCGGUGUCACGACAGGACCCAAACAGCCUCUUGUACACGCUGGCCUCCCUGUACGGCUCCUCCUCUGCAGCCGAGCAGAAGCGUCUCACGGUGCUGGUGCACCUGGCAGAUUCUGACCUCGCCUGGCUCAAAGACACUACUGCCCGAAUCUCCAGCCUCUACCACGCGCACAUCUUGGCAGGGCAGCUGCUGCUGAUCCACGCUCCGCCUGAUGCCUACCCCGCCCAGGUUGGCGAAGGCCACUCUAAACAGAACGUAGACCACGCGUUCCUGAUGAGCUUCGCCGCGAGGCUCUCUGAGUACUUCCUGUUAAUAGGGGAGGGUGUCUUUUGUGCCCCCAACUUUGUCACACACAUUUAUUCCAAGGUGAUGACCCUGAAUCCCAGCCCAUGGGCGCUGCUGGAAUUCUCGAAUAUGGGCACCACUGGCAAACUCUUCCAUAGCAGGGACCGCCCUGUGCUGGCCCACUUCCUCCUCCUCUUCCACGGGGAGAAGCCCCUGGACAGGCUGAUCCUUCAUUUCCGCACCCUCCUGGUCCAGGAAAAUCAGAUCCUCAGCAAACCAUUCCUCUUCCACCACAGGUUGUCCCACCCCACCUUGCAUGACAAAAAGGACACAGUAGUUCAGAAAAAGAACCCCUACGGUCCUAGCAACCCCCCUGCAUCUGUCUUUACAGAUAUGGUCGUUUCUGAUGCUCACUUCCCCUGGGAGGCCUACACCCUGGACGAGUCAUUCUUCUGGACAAACAGCAUACACAUAGGGAACCACUUGACAGUGGUUUUGAACCACCCAGCUAGGCUGAGCAGAGUGCAGGUGAUGACAGGCUCCCUCGUGGAAGGAAAGUACGCUCUAGCAAAGGGGCAGGUGGAGCUGGGCUAUGGCCCCCAGAGGAUGCCUCAGGACUGUGCCAGCUUCGAGCUGCUGGGCUGGCUCGCAGAAGGGCAGAUGGACCGGGAGCUACUGCAGGAAAGUGCAGCGGGCCCCGUGAGCUGUGUGAGGCUGGUGGUGAAAGCCAACCAAGCUGGUGGUCUCCUGAUCAGGCACAUCUACCUCUGGGAGAAAAAUGCCACGAAGGAGAAAACGGAUCAGAGUUGAUGGUGAAAUCAGCAAGAGCACACAAAAUAAAAUCAAGAAGCUAUUUUGUUCUAGUCUGGAUGAGUGACGUAGGGGAGGUACCAGGGAAUGAGAGGCAGAGGGAAAAAAUGCUACAUUCUUUGGAUGCUACUAAGAUGUACUCUCCUAGGGCAUCUUUUACUGUGGAAAGGCCUUAGUCAUUCCUAAAAUCUUUAGAUUUCAGCAAUGCUUGAAUCAGCUAACAGAGCAUUAUGUGCUCACACAUAGAGAUGGGGUGAGGUAUAAUGUGGUAAGAAGAGAGUGAGUAGAGAAAUGAUGUGGAAUUUCUAGAAUUAACAUCAUUAGAGAAGAAUCUUGGGGACUUAUGAAAGGCCUUUUGGAAGAUAAGACAUCCAAACCUAAAUCUCCCAGGUUAUUUUGGAGAAGACACCCAGAAGAUGUGGCAAGAGAUUUUCCAGUUGCAAAAAACAGUACAUAGUGAUGUGGGCCACCGUGAGAAGGAGCAGUUGGUGAGUGCUCCGGGUGAGGUGAGGCUGAGGCAGAAGAGGAAGCUGCAGAGCUAAGAAAGAAGCAGUUUAAGAAGGGGCAUAGAGGCUCACACCUGUAACCCCAGCACCUUGGGAGGCUGGGGC